ACAUUACUUGUUCAUUCAUCCGCGAAGCUUCGCGUUUCACGAGGCUCUCCUUCUGCUGCCUGCCGCAAUCCUCAUUUCUCCAAAUUCCUUCUUCUCCAAUCCUUUCUCUUUCCAGUUGCUCUCUUCAAUUCCCCAUUUCUCCAAUUUCAGUUCUCCACCCACUUCCACCACUUUGCUCUCUUUUUUUCUUUUAAGUUUUCUUCACUAGGGUUCCAUUCAAAUGCCUAUGGCUACCGCUCCCUUGAACAAAAUUGAGCGAGCCCAUCAGAUGUACCGUGAAGGACUCUAUGCCGAAGCUCUGAGAUUCUACACUGAAGCCCUUUCCAUGGCUAAGACCAAGUCCCAACGGAUUGCUCUUCAUAGUAACAGAGCUGCUUGCCAUUUGAAACUUCAUGAUUUCAACAAGGCAGCAGAAGAAUGUACAUGGGUUCUUGAACUUGAUCACAAGCAUACUGGAGCCUUAAUGCUUCGUGCUCAGACUCUUGUCACACUCAAGGAAUAUCAUUCUGCUUUGUUUGAUGUUAACAGACUUAUUGAGUUGAAUCCGUCAUCAGAAGUUUAUCAGAAUCUUCACACUCGACUCAAGACGCAACUGUCACUUGCUCCAAUACCUGAAUCAGAAGCAGAGCUAGAAGAAGAGGAGGAAGAAGAAGAAUACGUUGAUGAGUUCAAUGAAUAUGCAGCCAAUGAGAAGUGCAUCGAGGGAAAAGAAUAUGUUGUCACUCCGACUUUUGAACAAGUACAGAAACCCGAGCAUAAUUGCAAUUUGAUUGAAAAGAAGAUUAUCAAGACUCAGGGUAACUGUGGAUUAUCUGAAGUAGAAAGGGUCAAUCAGAAAGUUGAGGUGAAAUUGACGGCUAAAAGUGAAGUUGUUGCCCCUCAAGGACAGAUUAAGAAGGGCACAACAACCCAAGGUCCCAAUGGCUGGCAAACAAUCCCAAAACCAAAAGGACACUCAGCGUUAGACUAUGCACGUUGGGAUAGAGUUGAGGAUGAUUCUAGUGAAGAUGAUGAUGACGACGAAGAAGAAGACUCAGGACCUCAAUUCCGUUUUCGUGUUAGAACCGUUGGUGUUAAACCUGUGAAAUAAAGUGGAGAAGCAUCAUUCAAUCAAUUGCCUUGCUAUCUUGAUAGAAGAAUGAAACACUGAGCAACUCCAAGCCUCAGUUGAUUUUGGAAGUUCACAUGUCUAAGAUCAGCAAACUUUCAGACCUAUGUAAAGUGUAUUUGGUUACAAACAAAAGUAGCAUUGUGAAUAUGAUUGACGAGCAAGCUUCACACAUGAAAUCUUAUACGGAGCUCCAGCUGAUGCUGUUUAGUUUGAGUAAUGUUACGUCUGCUGCACAUCAAUUUCGGGGUGGUUAUCACAAAUGAAGAUCCUUUCUCUGGAUUAUGGAUAAUAGUUCUGGUAUAUGAUGUUCAAUACUUGUUUCUGUUUUCUGUGAAAAUGUAGUAAAUAUUAUUAUAUGCCGCAGUCCGCCAUUGAUUGAUGGUAGAUUCAGCAGUGCAGAAGCUUCAAAUUUCAUGAUAUUUGGAAGAACAAAUACUUGUAUGAUGAUACCUUAAAAUCAAUUCACUGCUUCUUCACAUAUACUUUACCUA